UGUCUGGUUACCUUCUAUCAAAGCAACGCCGCUUUUCCGGCCUUGAACUACAUUUCCCUUAAUGCUUUGCGUGUCGACACUCAGUAUCUCCUUCUGCCUUUCCUAUACGAAUGUUGCGGCCACGUCCUUUGAUUUUGAGGCUCUCAGAUCAAGUAGUCCUACCUUGGGGGGAUAUCAGCUCAAGCCUGGUGGACGUUUGGAGCUGGAACCCUCCUCUUUGAAGCCUCCCGGAGCAGUGUCAUAUAGGCCGAGCUCUGACUUUCUGGUUUGAGGACGCCAUCAUGUCUCUGGCUGGUCUGGUCCUGGACUACGUUUCCCAGAGUCCACAGCGGCCCAGCGUUACGUGUCUCUUGACGUCGUGGCGAGAUCGUUUGCUCCGCCGGGACCCGGACGCGACCAAGGGGAGGCAGAAGGAAGUUGCUUCUGUAAAUUAGAUGUGAUUUCUUUUGAGGCAAAGAAGACAUCCUGGACCGUGAAAGGAAGUUGACAAGAAGCCUGUGCAUAGGACUUGGCACCUGUUCAAGGGAAAAGUCUAAGGAUAUCCAAGCAGGUCAGGUAGUUCUAAAAGCCAUGAACCAGGGAUUGGUGACCUUCAGGGAUGUGGCCAUAGAGUUCUCUCAGGAAGAAUGGAAGUGCCUGGAACCUGCCCAGAGGGACUUGUACAGGGAUGUGACUUUGGAGAACUUUGGUAACUUGGUCUCGCUAGGACUUUCUAUUUCUAAGCCCGAUGUCAUCUCCUUACUGGAGCAAGGGAAAGACCCCUGGAUGAUGGCAAACGAUAUGACAGGACCAUGGUGCCCAGACUGGGAGUCCAGGUGUGAGAAAUUUCUACAAAAAGAUAUCUUUGAAGUAGAGUCAUUCAGUUGGGACCUAAUGAAAAGCCUUAAAUGCCACGAUUUUGAAGGCUCCGGUUUUAGAGAUGACUGGGAAUACAAAGGCCAGUUUGCAAAACAGCAAGCAAAUCAUGAGUGCUAUUUCAAGGAAGUGAAAAUCACCUAUGGAAACAUGCCCACUUUUGAGCAUCAUCCAUCCCUCACCCUAUAUCCCAGCGAUGAGACUGUCGAGAAACUGAUAGACUGUAAUGAAUGUGGGAAAGCCUUUAGCCGCAGCUCACACCUUAUUCAACAUCAGAAAACUCAUACUGGUGAAAAGCCCUUUGAAUGUAAGGACUGUGGGAAGGCCUUCAGUCGGACCUCACACCUUGUUCAACAUCAAAGAAUUCAUACAGGUGAGAAACCUUAUGACUGUAAGGAAUGUGGGAAGGCCUUUGGUCGCACUUCAGAACUUAUUCUACAUCAGAGACUCCAUACUGGUGUCAAACCCUAUGAAUGCAAAGAAUGUGGAAAGACCUUUAGGCAGCAUUCACAACUUAUUCUGCAUCAUAGGACUCACACAGGUGAGAAACCCUAUGUAUGUAAAGACUGUGGCAAGGCUUUUAUACGUGGCUCACAACUUACUGUUCAUCGGAGAAUUCAUACAGGGGCUAGACCCUAUCAGUGUAAAGAAUGUGGGAAAGCCUUUAGACAACAUUCACAACUUACUGUACACCAGAGAAUUCAUACUGGGGAGAAACCCUAUGAAUGCAAGGAAUGUGGCAAGGGCUUUAUUCAUAGCUCAGAAGUUACUCGACAUCAAAGGAUUCAUUCUGGGGAGAAACCCUACGAGUGUAAGGAAUGCGGAAAGGCCUUCAGACAGCAUGCACAGCUAACGCGACAUCAGAGAGUUCAUACUGGUGACAGGCCCUAUGAGUGUAAGGACUGUGGGAAGGCCUUUAGUCGUAGUUCAUACCUUAUUCAACAUCAAAGAAUUCAUACAGGUGAUAAACCUUACGAAUGUAAGGAAUGUGGGAAGGCCUUUAUUCGUGUUUCCCAGCUGACUCAUCAUCAGCGAAUUCAUACUUGUGAGAAACCCUAUCAGUGUAGAGAAUGUGGAAUGGCCUUUAUUCGUAGUUCACAACUUACUGAACAUCAAAGGAUUCAUCCUGGUAUUAAACCUUAUGAAUGUAGAGAAUGUGGGCAGGCCUUUAUUCUUGGCUCACAGCUCAUUGAACACUAUAGAAUUCAUACUGGCUAGAGACUCUGGAUGUUAGGGAUGUAGGAAAGCCUUUUUCUGGAAUUCAUGCCUGACCCAAUAUUAGAUGCAUAGUGUGAUUAUUGUCAGAGAACCUUCAUUUGUCAUCUCCCUUAUGGAACAUCAGGUGACUCAUAUCAGAAGAAAAUUCAAUAAACGUGGGAAUUCUUUUUGCCUCACACUCACUGUUAGCUAAGCAUCAAAGAGCUUAUAGUGAAAACAAUUUAAUUUGAAUGUAGAAAAGCCUCCUGUUACUUAAAAUAUGUUAAACUUCUGAGAAUUCCUAAUAGAAAAUGACCCUAUUAAAAUAUUUUGUGACUGUGCCUUUUGCCAUAUACCUUAACAUUAUCUCACUUCCACCAACUGCUGACUGUAUGACAUUGGGCAAAUUAUGCAAUGUCUCUGUUCCUCAGUUUACUUGCUUUUAAGCGGUGAUAAUUAUAUACCUACCUAAUUGAGUUUUUGUGAGGACUGCCUGAUAUUUUUGUAAAGCCUAUGCUCAAUAAAUAUUGUCAUUAAUUAAUAA